AUGCCACACACCCCCGCCAACCCCCGCCUCGACCACCGCCACUUCGCCGCCGGUGAGAUCUCUGCAGCCGAUAAGCUCCCGGUGACGGCUGCACUUCUCCACUCACACAAGGUGGGCCCCAACCAGUGCACCUCGGUGGUGGUCCACUCCACUUCGGCCCCACUCGCCGCCGUCUGGUCACUUUUGCGGCGCUUCGACGCCCCGCAGGCCUACAAGACCUUCGUCCGCAGCUGCCGCGUCAUCUCCGGCGACGGCCACGUCGGCACCAUCCGCCGCAUCAGCGUCGUGUCCGGUCUCCCGGCCUCCACCAGCACCGAGCGACUCGAGAUCCUCGACGACGACCACCACGUCAUCGGGUUUCAGAUCGUUGGAGGUGAGCACCGACUCAGCAACUAUAGGUCGGUUACAUCCGUGCAUCCGGCGGAAUAUGGGAAGGAUCGGACGGUGGUGAUGGAGUCGUACGUGGUGGACGUUCCGGCCGGCAACACGAGGGAGGAGACGAGGGGAUUCAUCGAUACUAUUGUGAGGUGUAACCUCAAGUCGCUGGCGCGAGCCGCCGAGAAAGAGGCGGCGCCGGCGACCGGAGUGAAUUGACAGAUUUAUUUGUAUGAAUUCUUAUUCAUGCAAUAAGAAUAUAUCAUUGUUUGGUA